CGCGCGCCCUGUCACGUCACGCGAGAAAGCACAGAAGCGGAGCGAGAAAAAAAAUAACAAGAAAAGCAGCUGCCUGUAAAGAAAUCACCGUGACACAGCGCAGAUAUGUCCAACAUGUCGUUAAUAGUCAUGAAGGGUCGCGUGGACUCGUGAAGGCUAUGAAUUUCUCUGAGCAUGGAGAAGUUUCAGUUGACACGAUGCUUGAGAAAGAACACAAGCAUGUCCAGGAUGUUAAGGAGGAGACAGACGAGUUUGCUAUUUGUGAGUCACCUGAAGGACUUGAUGGAGGAUGCCCUGGGGCAACUGAGGCUGGAAAACGGUCAUCUGCAAAGAUGGGAUGUGACACAAACCAGUCCACCAGCAGCAAAAGAGCCAGAGUCUCUGGUGAGAUGAGGAGGCACUUGAUAGAUGAGAGCAGCAGACAUGAGCCUCUUUGCCUCACCACAACUGGAGAGGAUUACAUCCAGGAGAAAUCCAGGGCAUCCUACCGAAAGCCUCUCUUCAGUAUCUCUCACAGGAUAUCAGAAAAGAGGAACACACCAAGUAUGGAGCAGCAGGCCAGUCAUGGUGCCGGGAACCAGCUCAGCUACAGUAGUGUCCUCUCAUCUAAGCUCCAGAGUCCAGAGGAAAACUGUCCACUGGAGGACAUUCCAAUCACAGACAGUCUAGGCCAGGCUUCAACAACAAAUUCUAGUCUUUAUCCACUGAUUGAGAAAAUGUUUUUUAUUCUCAAUACCCUUAAUUCAAACAUGACACAACUGCAUAGCAAAGUGGACUUGUUAACCCUUGAAGUAAUGCGAAUAAAGAAGCAGAUCAAACCAGCUGAGAUGGUGACAGAGUUCCAGCCUCCUCCAGAGUAUCUGCUAACAAGUGAUGAAUUAAAUCAGCUGAUGGAGCAGACAUCCAGUGCUGGGGAGCUUGGAUGUCAGCUGCUGGUGCAUCUUUUCCCAGAGCUGUUCAAAGCGAGGGAGUGUUCUCAUGACUGUAUGGCAAGCAAGAGAACACUGGAGUCACUACAUCUGCAGCUAAUCCGUAACUAUAUUGAAGUAUGCUACCCUUUGGUCAAGAAUAACAGUGUCUGGCAGGAAGAAUGCCUCCAUCAGAUUAAUGACUUCUUUAAUCACUUCUGGGCCCAGAGGGACAUGGAGGAUGCUCGGCUACUCAGAAAGCAGACAGUCACAGGUGCUGUGAUAAAAGCUGAGCAUCCACAAACCUAUUGUUUCAUUAAUGAACAGGGUCAAGAGGAGCACCUCUCUCUAGAUAACCAGCAGAGCAACCUGGCUGUGUCAGAUCUUGCUUUGAAUACCACAGAGGAGCUGGAUGAGUUCUCCUCCCCUGAGGACUUUGUUAUUUUUCUAAUGCACCGUCUCUUCCCUGAGGUUUUUGAAGAGGGCAAAAUGCCAGAUGGCUCCAGCAGUUUUAGCAGUGUGGGGCAGCUGAUUCUGGACUCUGACAAGAUGGAAAUAAUAAGAAAGUAUAUGGAAACAAAUUUUCCUGAGGUGCCUGAGGACAGUUGGCUCCAGGUGUGCAUUCAGCAUAUGGAGGAUGCGCUUGAGAGUCCUCACAGUAGUGGCAAUGGAAGUGAACCUGACAAUAUCAAUGAUGAGAGCUAUGACUUGGCCAGCCUUCCUGAAGAUGUUUCUAUUGUUAAGGUUCCAGAGAUGGGGGAGCAUGAAAGACCCAAUCGCAAAUCCAAAAAGUUGCUGCUUACACCCAUUGAUUUUGACAAUCUGGAGAUUCCUCUACCUGAUUUUAGUGUUCCCCGGGAGUACCUGCUGUCCCAGGAACAGCUGAAGAACAACUAUGAAUGUAGCUUGUCCAUUGGGAACUUUGCCUCUCGGCUAUUGGUGCUUAUGUUCCCUGAGCUCUUCACCCAUGAGAACAUAAGGAAGCAGUACAACUGCAGUGGUUCUCUUGGGAAGAAGCAGCUUGACCCUGUGCGCAUAAACCUGAUUCGUCAUUAUGUGCAGUUAGUGUACCCCCGGGCAAAGAAUGACAGAGUGUGGAUGUUAGAAUUUGUGGGCAAACUUGAUGAGCGGUGCAGGAGACGUGACACAGAGCAGAGGAGAUCCUACCUGCAGCAACGCAAAGUGUAUGGUCAAGAGUCAGAGCAGGACUUUCUUUGCCAGCUGAACCAGCUCAAUCCAGAGAAUUUUAGAGAGGACCCAGAUAUUCCCUCCUUACCACCUGAGAGAAGUAGCAAAGACUUUUGCAAAAUUCCCUUGGAUGAACUGACUGUGUCCAAACCUGACUUCCCUGUACCUUCUGCCUACCUACUCUCAGACACUGAGGUACGGGAAAUUGUCCAGCAGAGUCUCUCUGUUGGGAAUUUUGCCGCCCGCCUGUUGGUGCGCCUCUUCCCUGAGCUCUUCACCCAGGAGAACCUGCGGCUGCAGUACAACCAUUCAGGAGCCUGCAACAAGAAGCAGCUUGACCCUGUGCGCCUCAGAUUGAUCCGUCACUAUGUGGAAGCAGUGUAUCCUGUGGAUAAGAUGGAGGAGGUGUGGCAUUAUGAAUGUGUGCCAAGCAUCGAUGAACGCUGCCGGCGCCCUAAUCGCAAGAAGUGUGACAUUCUUAAGAAGGCCAAGAGGUCAAGCACUGUGUCCUAGUUACAGUACUUUGCAGUCAGGCACUUUUUGUCAUUCAAAUAACUGCACAGUAUGCACACAUGGACAAAAUUGUUGGUAUCUUUCCGUUAAAGAAAGAGAAACUCACAAUGGUCACUG